AUUGUAUAAAAAUGAGUUGUUAGUACCUUCUGUCAUGUAGUAAUGACACAAUAACAAAAAUGAAUUUAUUUUUUUAUAAAUUAUGCUAUAAUUUUACUAUGGGUUUAGUUCCUGCCAAGCAUGCAGUACUUCGAAGUUUUCUAAAUUCUGAAGUACCCUCAUCGAAAGUAAUUGAAGUUCGACCAGACACAUUUGCUUCCAGAGAGAUACAUCUGAGAGAGGAUGGGCUGGUACUGUACUUACCACAGAAAAAUAAUAAGAACAGAAAUGAAAAGCCUACAUACGAAAUUGUAUUGCACAGACCUACAACUGAAACACUUGUGCAAACCUACAGUUUGCUUAGAGCAGACAAACUAGAAGAAGCCGAAACCAAAUUCGUAAUACUUCAUGACAAGCUACCAGACUUUAUUGAAAUUGCCAAAGAGUAUUCAAUUCAGAUGUGUAACGUUAGCGGUCUACAAAAAAUCAUCGACGUAUUACACGAGCAUCCUUCGUGGACCUUGGCCCACCUGGCAGUGUUUUUCGCCGUCUACGACUCCUUCGACAAUCCAAAAGUGAAUUCCUACUUAAACAGUAGUGACCUGGAAAAGGGCAUGUCCCCGCUACAAGUGGCCAUCACCACACAAAACUUGAAAACUGUACAGAUUUUAGUUGCGGCUAAUUGCUCUUUGGAGCAUUUGGACUUUGAUGGGAAUUCGGUGUUUCAUUACGCGGCCACUACUACUAAAGAUAUCAUUGCUGCCUUGAGCCAAGGAAACGCUCCAAAGUGUUUAAACUCCCGAAAUAAAAAUGGGCAUACGCCUCUGCAUAUGGCCUGUUUGGCGGAUAAGCCUGAGUGCGUGAAGGCGUUGCUGUUGGCAGGGGCAGAUGUGAAUAAAACCGCGACCGGGGAUGGGGAUUGUACUGAACCUGGUUAUGUUGGGAAUUUUUUACAGGACAACCCGAACACUUUAUACCAAAACGAUAUGAAACACGGAGGCACCCCCUUACAUUGGGCGAAUUCCCGUCAAGUGAUCGAAGCUUUAAUAGACGUUAAUUGUAACAUAAACGCUGAGAAUUUCCAGCAUCGGACCGCUUUGCACGUUAUGGUCGAAAGAAACAGGUUGGAUUGUGUGGUGGCAUUAUUAAGUAGACAGGCCAAAGCAGACCUACCGGAUAAAGAUGGAAACAGACCGAUUCAUUUGGCAGUAAAGUUCGGAUUUUUACCCAUUUUACAGGCUUUAAUAGUGUUUGGGGCCGAUAUUGAUAUUUUAAAUAAUGCCGGGCAGUCGCCUAGGCAUUUAGUUAAAAAAGAAUUGGCGCCCAAAAUCUUGUAUUAUUUACACGCUGUCGGUGCAAAAAGGUGCAGGGCUGAUAUGCAGGGUUGUACGGACGGUUGCAUGCACCAAGGUACUUAUGAUGGAAUUCCUCCACCAAAGGUUAUCGGUCCGCCCAAUCGCGACACCUUAAACCAAAUGUUAGCGGUGGCGGGCAUGGAAGUGGCCGCGAAAAAACACAAACGGGAAUUCCCGAAAAAAGGGCGGCUCCUUUGCCUAGACGGGGGCGGCAUUAGGGGGCUCGUUUUAGUUCAGAUGCUCUUAGAACUGGAGGUGAUCUUUCAACGGCCAGUCAAUUUCUGUUUCGACUGGAUCGCCGGUACUAGUACGGGAGGAAUUUUAGCUUUGGGCAUUGCAUCCGGAAAAACCAUGAAAGAGUGCCAGUGUCUCUACUUUAGGCUGAAAGAAAAAACUUUCAUAGGCAGUCGUCCUUAUUGCAGUGAGAACUUGGAAAAUGUCAUGAAGGAAACUUUUGGGUCUGAAACUGUUAUGUCUGAUAUUAAGCAUCCGAAGGUUAUGAUUACCAGCCUUCUUGCUGAUAGAAAACCGGCCGAGCUGCACUUGUUUAGAAACUACAACAGCCCGAGUAACAUUUUACGGGUAAAACAUGAUUCUCCGUAUGAACUUCCUCCGCCUCCCGAGCAACAGUUUGUUUGGCAGGUGGCUAGAGCUACUGGGGCUGCUCCUACGUAUUACAGAAUUUUCCAGCGAUAUUUGGACGGAGGCCUGAUCGCAAAUAAUCCAACAUUAGAUGCCCUAACCGAGAUCCACGAACACUGUUUAGCCUUGAAAGCGAUGGGAAAAGAGAACGAAACUUGUCCGGCCUCGGUUGUAGUGAGCUUAGGCACAGGAGUAAUUCCAGUAACAGAACUGAAAGCUGUCGACGUGUUUAGACCCGAAAGUAUAUGGGACACGACCAAACUAGUAAUGGGUAUUCAAAAUUUAGGAACUUUAUUGGUGGAUCAAGCUACUCUGAGCGACGGAAGAGUGGUUGACCGCGCGCGUGCAUGGUGCUCCUCCUUGGGAAUCCCCUAUUUCCGAUUCUCACCGCAAAUGUCCGAGGAAAUUGCCAUGGACGAAAAAUCGGACGAAAAGUUAUGCAACAUGCUGUGGGAAACUAAGGCUUACAUGCAUGAAAACAUUAACCUAAUGCGAGAACUCGCAGAUUUGUUAAACCGUUAGAAAACAGUUCAGUUUUAUUGCGUCGUACUCGUUUUAUUAACCAAAGAAAUAAUCAUGUGGAGUAGAUAGUUUUGUUAUACAUUCUCUGUUUUUUUAUAUAAAUAUUAUUAUGUUAUUAUUGAAAUAAUUUUAUUAACUCGAGUAAAAAAAUGCCAUUUUGAUCCUUAAGGUGCAUGAUAUUGAAUUGAAUUGAAUUUGCUCGCCUCAGAGUAAAAAACGCCACUUUAGUCCCUAGGGAUACGUAUAAUGUGCUAUGCACUUAAGGGCGAACAAAAAAAACUCUAAAUGACAUUCAAAAGGCAUAUUAUAAAACCUCUCUAGGAUUUAUUUUUUUUUUUUAGACCGUUAAUCGUUUUGUGAUAUUAGAACCCGAAGGGGUCUUCAGUAUUUUUAGACACUUAAUUUUAACCACUAGUCGAUUAUUAUUCCAUUAUAUGUUAAAAAGAUUUUAUUGAAUAAAAUAUACAGAUGUG